AUGUCAAAAAAAGUCGCCGUUGUCACCGGAUCAAAUAAGGGUAUUGGAUUAAGCAUAGUGAAAGGUUUGUGCAAAAGAUUCGAUGGAGUUGUUUAUUUAACUUCAAGAGAUGAAGCAAGGGGUAAAGCUGCGGUUGCUGAUUUAAACAAACAAGGAUUGCAUCCUGAAUAUCAUCAACUGGAUGUAAGUGAUAGAGAAAGUAUUUCAAAAUUUCGAGAUCACAUACAAGAAAAGUGUGGUGGUAUAGAUAUUCUUAUUAACAAUGCUGGUUUUGCCAAUGCCAAUAACAUCGAUUUCUCAUACGACUUUGAGGAAAACAAGGAGAUAAUAGAUAUCAAUUUUAAAAGCAUUUUAACUAUUCAAGAAUUAAUUUUUCCAUUAGUAAGAGAUAAUGGUCGAAUUCUCAAUAUUUCUAGUGACUGUGGACAUCUUUCUAAUAUAAGAAACAAGUACUGGGCUGACAGAUUAUCAAGCAAGGACUUGACAUUAAAAGAUAUCCUUGAGUUUGUUGAUUGGUUUCUCGAGGGAUGUAAAAAUAAAACAUUCAAAAAAGAAGAUAUAGCAGAUGGUGGGACAAUUGCAGCAUACAGGGUAUCGAAAGUUGCUCUUAGCGCUAUAACAAUUUUACAGCAAAAAGAGUUGUUAAAAAGAAAUAUUUCUGUGAACUCUAUGCAUCCCGGAUUCGUGCAAACAGAUAUGACGAAAGGUAAUGGGUUUUUAAGCGCUGAUCAAGCUUCUGAGACUCCAUUAUACAUAGUGUUAGAUGCACCUGAUUCUUUAAAGGGAGCUUAUAUUUGGUACGAUGGAAAAGCUGUAGAUUGGUACGAUUGCAAUGGAGAGUAUUAUUUCAAGAUAUCUACGUACAUAGAGCAAUUAGUCUCAGCAGAUAAAAAACAAAAUAUUUAA